AUGGCAGCAAUUCCUCCAUCUUUGUUCUCCUUUUUCCCAACAGGGCCAAGAACAAUGGGUUUUGAACCUCCUGAAGAAUUUGAGCAACGAAGAAGAGGAGGAACAAGAAAACUGCGUAGAAACAGGGACAAGACAAGCAAGAGAGAAGAACAAGCCAGAAAUAUCAUUGAUUUGCAGGAGGAUCUCAAGAACAUCAACAUGGAUCCGCUUCUCUGCGCUAAUGGUUGUGGCUUUUAUGGAUCUGAAGAGAAACAAAACCUGUGCUCUAAGUGCUACAAAGAUUUUCAAAAACAAGAACUUGCUAAAGCAGAGGAGGAAGUGCUUGUAGAAGCAGUCCAAGCACUGGUCUUGGAGGAUCCCAUGAACUCCGAUUUAGCUGCUACAAUUGAGGGUUCGACUUCGAGGGGCGCGAAGAAGAGGUGCAAGAGAUGCAACAAGAAAGUGGGUUUGACAGGAUUCGUGUGCCGGUGUGGGGACGUGUUUUGUGGAAUGCAUAGGCACCCAGAAGAGCAUGCAUGUAGUGUGGAUUUCAAGGCUGUUGGGAGGGACCUUUUGGCCAAGCAAUAUUUAAAUCUAGUUUAG